UGCUUCAACCCGCAAAAAUACGGAAAAGCACGACCAAAACUUAUCGGUUCGAGUUUUAUUCCUGUUUCAGAGCCAAAUCUGUUUUAUUUGACAGCUUUUGCGGCUGUAGUUGUCUCUUGUUUUUGAAGCGGAAGUGGCGGGUUUGCCCUUUUAAGUUCGGUUUUCCGUGUUGUGUUGUGUGGUGUUGUGUGGUGUUGCAGGCUAACAUGACAGCCUGAAUGUUCAAGUAAACAACGAUUCAAAGUCAGUCUAGAGAUGGAAUUCACUCCUAAAUCUGCCAAAUGUCAGCCCGCACAGCGGUCUCCUUGUAGUUCAGCUGAGUCAAGCCCCUUUGGAGAUAACGAGGGAAAGCAUCACCCGAAGCUGAGCGCCUCCCUGAAGGAGAGGCUAAAGAGAUCGAGGCGCUCUUUCAUCUCGCCCCUCUCUGUGGCCAAACGCCUUUGUGUCGAUGACUUGGAGGAGGAGGAGAAUGGCCGACAAGUUUCGGCAGAUUCCCAUCGGCAGGCUGUUAAUAGUCCUCCAACCGCCGUGCGUGGCGUUGAUGUAAACAGUAAUGAAGGGAGUGAAAGCCUCGCUGGACACAUGCCCGAGACAACACAUCUCACCCCAGAGGAGUUCGCACAACAGCUGAGGAAGGAGGUGAAAGACAAAAUGGAGACUCUGCGCAGACUCAAGAUGGUUAAAAUGUACAGAAGCAAGAAUGAUUUAACACAACUCGAAACGUUGAUCAAGAAGUGGCGGAGCUGUGCUCAGGCUGCGCUGUACGAGCUCCAGUCUCAGGUCCCGAUAGACGGGAGGAAGGCCGACCUGUCGGAGCUCAUCGACCUCUUUAACCUGGACGACGGCAUUCUGCACUUCGACCGCACAGAGGAGGACUUCACCGCCUGAAAAUAAACUCUGAAAUGUCUUCAGUUCAUCUUAAUACUACAAACAAACAGUCUCAGUUUAGUGAGGUUAAUUGUUUAAUUUGUUGCUGCUAAAACCGUCGUUCACAGAGAAGUUAUAUAUUUCAUGUUUCAUGUUUUUGUACAGAAGCGUAAAUAAAGUGUUGCAA